UUGUAUUCGAUUUUUUGCCAACAAAACAAAAUCCACGAGUCCGGUCUGGCCCUAGAGAGAGAGAGAGAGAGAGAGAGAGAGAGAGGGAGGGGUCACCGGAAAAGUGAUGGUGUUGCAAACAGACGAGAUCAAUUCGGCCGGAGGUUAAGGGGAGAAGACAAAGCUGUUCAAAGAAAAGAGGGAGAAGACAUAGGCGAGAUUGGGUGCGGCUUAGCCUUUUAGUUUUUGGUGUGACAUACACGUGUCUUUGUUUGAGGAUUGGGACAGGCAGACUCGGACAGAAGAUCCCGUAGUUCACCGUAGUUCUUCUUCUCCUUCUCUCCCCCCCUCUCCCUCUCUCUCUCCCGAUCCAUCCUCCUCACCAGCUUCAUCUGUCUCAAUUCCUUCCUCAUUGGGAACAAACGCUGAUUCGGAUUGACUGGUACUCGCACAGAUCCAACUCACCCCAUAUCUCCGUUACACGACUUCCGGCGAGCCGAUUGGUUGGAUAUGGGAUUCUUCGACGGGUUACCAAUUUCCCGAGAAAAAGCGUAUUUGAGGGAAGAGCUUUCGAGGAUAGAUGAGAGCUGGUCUGCUGCCCGUUUCGAUUCUUUACCUCACGUUGUCCAUAUUUUGACAUCAAAAGACCGGGAAGGCGAAGUCCAAGUUUUGAAGGAGCAGAGCGAUGUUGUUGAGGAAGUUGUGGACGAAGUGGUGCAUGCUUAUCAUAGUGGCUUCAACAAAGCAAUUCAAAAUUAUUCCCAGAUUUUGAGGUUAUUUAGCGAAUCUGCCGAAAGUGUAGCUGUCUUAAAGGUUGAUUUGGCUGAGGCAAAGAAGGUUCUUGGUGCCCGUAACAAGCAGUUACAUCAGUUAUGGUACCGGUCAGUUACUUUGCGUCACAUAAUCUCCCUGUUAGAUCAAAUUGAGGGAAUAGCAAAGGUUCCAGCUCGUAUUGAGCAACUCAUUGCUGAGAAGCAGCUAUAUGCAGCUGUACAAUUACAUGUUCAAUCAACAUUGAUGCUUGAGAGGGAGGGUCUUCAGACGGUUGGUGCUCUUCAAGAUGUUCGGUCUGAAUUGACAAAGUUGAGAGGAGUACUAUUCUAUAAAGUUUUGGAGGAUUUGCAUGCUCAUCUUUACAAUAAGGGUGAAUACAGCAUAGUGUCCUCAAGAAUAAAUGAAAGGGAUGAUGAAGUGCCGACUACCACAGCUGUUACAUUUUCAAUAAACAAUUCACAACCUUUCUCUCGAAGAACCCGGUUACUCAAAGUUGACAAUCAGAAUGGUUCUUAUGGAGAUGGAUCUUAUAGGCCUAGUUCUGUUGAUGGAAGUUCAUCAUUUGAUGGCCGUGAUGAAGAUGGUGCCAUGGAAAUACACGAUGAAGCUACAUUAGAUGAGCAUACUGCAGCAAUAAGGGUCAAUGGUGGUGAUAAUACUCCGAAGGAUGUGAAAAUUGUUUCUCGUCAAACCCCAACUUGGCUUUCAUAUUCCACCCCGGAUGAAUUUGUUGAAGCAAUGAGAAAGAGUGAUGCUCCACUUAAUGUGAAGUAUUCACAGACAAUGGUGGAGUGCCUCUGCAUGCUUGGGAAAGUUGCAGCAGCCGGUGCUAUGAUAUGCCAGAGAUUGCGUCCCACAAUUCAUGAUAUCAUCACCGCAAAGAUUAAAGGUCAUGCAGAGCGUGUUAAUUAUUCAAGGGCUGGUGUUGGUCAGGCUGCAGAAACUACGACUACUGGUCUGCAUUAUUUAAAAGGACAGUUGGAGAGCUUCCAGUUGUCAAAGCAGAAGCGUCAGAAUGGAAUAUCAUUGGCUGGAAUGCUAUUGGCAGUAAGCCCAGUCUCACCUGUGAUGGCUCCUAUGGGAACAGCACAGGCUGCGGCAAAGGAACUUCUUAAUUUGAUUUUGGACACCGUUGUUCGGAUAUUUGAGAACCAUGUUAUUGUUGGGGAGCUUCUAGAAUCAAAAUCCUCUCAGCAAGUUGACAUGAACACACCAAAGUCAAUGGCGGAGAUAAAUUGGAACCCUGAUGCUGAAGCGUCACGAGAUACUGGAGGCUACAGUAUUGGCUUUACCUUGACAGUUUUGCAGAGUGAAUGCCAACAACUCAUAUGUGAGAUUAUGCGAGCAACUCCUGAAGCUGCAUCUGCAGAUGCUGCUGUUCAAACGGCUAGACUUGCCAAGAAAGGUCCUUCGAAGGGAAAGAGGGAUGGGUCCGAGGAUGGUCUUACCUUUGCUUUUCGCUUAACAGAUGCUACCAUAUCUAUUCCUAACCAAGGGGCUGAUCUUAUUCGCCAAGGGUGGAGCAGAAGGGGUCCAAAUGUACUCCAAGAAGGUUAUGGAACUGCAGCUGUCUUACCUGAGCAAGGCAUAUAUCUAGCAGCAUCUGUUUACCGACCAGUUCUACAGUUCACAGAUAAGGUUGCUUCAAUGCUGCCACAGAAGUAUUCCCAACUUGGGAAUGAUGGAUUGCUGGCAUUUGUAGAGAAUUUUGUUAAAGAUCAUUUCUUGCCAACAAUGUUUGUAGAUUACAGAAAAGGCGUGCAGCAAGCUAUAUCAAGUCCAGCUGCAUUUCGCCCGCGAGCACAUGCAGCUGCUACUUAUACUCAAUCGAUUGAAAAGGGGCGACCUGUCUUACAAGGACUGCUGGCUAUAGAUUUCCUAGCAAAAGAGGUUCUUGGUUGGGCUCAAGCAAUGCCUAAAUUUGCUAGUGAUCUUGUGAAGUACGUGCAGACUUUCCUUGAACGAACGUAUGAAAGAUGCCGGACUUCAUACAUGGAGGCGGUUCUUGAGAAACAAAGUUAUAUGCUCAUUGGGAGGCAUGAUAUUGAGAAUCUAAUGGGACUUGAUCCAGCCAGCGCAUGUUUACCAAAUUCUCUUGGCCCACCUAACGUGGAAAACAAUGCUUCUGAUGCUGAAGGUGUUGAGGUUGAAUUGGAAAUGAGUGACUUGUUAAUGAAUUUGCGGCCAAUCAAGCAGGAGAAUUUAAUUCGUGAUGAUAACAAGCUCAUAUUGUUAGCUUCCUUGAGUGAUUCAUUGGAGUAUGUUGCCGACUCAAUUGAAAGGCUGGGAAAAGCAUGUACAAGAGCAGCUAACCAAGUAGAAGAAAAUAACAAUCAGAAAAAUCCGCAUCAUGCUCGAAUGAGUAGUGCACCUCCAAAAGAUCUGGUAUCAUUCGCAGAAGAAUAUAGAAAGCUGGCAAUAGAUUGCCUUAAGGUUUUGCGUGUAGAGAUGCAGUUGGAGACAAUUUUUAACUUGCAGGAAAUGACAAACAGAGAAUACUUAGAGGACCAAGAUGCUGAGGAACCGGAUGAUUUUAUUAUUUCAUUAACUGCACAGAUAACACGCAGGGAUGAGCAGAUGGCCCCUUUCGUUGCGGGGAUAAAGCGGAAUUAUAUAUUUGGUGGAAUAUGUAGUGUUGCAGCAAAUGUAUCCAUCAAGGCUUUGGCUGAUAUGAAAUCCAUCAACCUUUUUGGAGUUCAGCAAAUAUGUCGGAAUUCAAUUGCCUUGGAACAGGCACUGGCUGCUAUCUCAUCUAUUGACGGUGAAGCUGUACAAUUGAGGUUGGAUCGUGUACGGACUUACUAUGAACUGUUAAACAUGCCAUUUGAAGCCUUGCUUGCAUUCAUUAUAGAGCAUGAACACUUGUUCACAGCUGCAGAGUAUAGUAGUCUUUUAAAGGCCCAGGUCCCAGGAAGAGACAUCCCUGCGGACGCACAAGAUCGGGUGACACAAAUUUUAUCCCAUUAGCUCUCUCAAUGACAAGUUCUGGGACUUGUCUCAGAAGCCAUCCCAUUGUAAGUUGCAACUAUUUUGCUAGUCACCAGGUUCUGGUAAAUUUUUGUCCAUUCUUUGGGAUCUACGAAACCUUACGUUUUGGUGGUUGUAGGAACAGAUCAAGAGUGCAUAUUGUAAAUUUCUUAUGGCGAUUCUUUACUUGUAAAAUGUGUCAAUAAUGUGAAACAUAUUAUUUUAUCCUGUAAUUCCAAAGGUGUAAAGCAGCUUGGAAUGCAAUACUAAUGUUAUUGGGUGUUGUAAAUGCCAAAGCGGCAAGUGCUUUGUGUUGACGUACUGUUUGUGAUAAUGGAUAUAAAACUAUAUUGAGAGGUCAUUGGCAUUA